AUGAAAUCUGUCCAGUUUGCAAAUGUUCAGGAACAGUAUCGAAAGUAUGCAGGCGAGCUGCGUGCUUGCGAUGUGCAAAAAUUACGCGAAUGGGCCAACAGGCAACCACAUUUGCCACCGGUCACCGAGUUGGAAUUGAUCCUAUUUCUUCACUCCAAUUACUACGAUCUGGAGGCGGCCCAGCGUACGAUCGAGUGUUACUACUCGUUCCGUUCGAGCUGCAAGAAUCUGUUCGGGAACCGAAACCUUGAAGCAAGUGUGAUACAGACGGCCAUGGAUGUUUUAGAUCUCUCCAUUCUACCCGAACUAACCCCCGAAGGUUAUAGAGUCAUGCUGGCAAAGAUCGUUGAUCCGGACGCCAGCAAAUUUUCUCUCAGCUCCAUUCUUACAUUUGCGAUAAUGUGUGUAGAUAUACAACUGUGGGAGGAAGGAUGCAACAACGGGUCGGUCCUUAUCAUCGACAUGGACGGCAUACAUCUAGGUCACCUUCCCAAGCUUGGCAUAUUCACACUCAAAGAUCUGCUGUACUUCAUCCAGGAAGGGCUACCGAUACGGCUAAAGGGAUUACAUCUGGCCAAUGUGGUACCAUUUAUCGAUCGCAUCAUGACCAUGAUCAGACCGUUCAUGAAGAAGGAAUUGCUAGAGAUUUUUCAUUUGCACACCAGCAUGCAGACACUUUUCCCACAUGUCCCCCAGCAGCUUCUACCGGUCGAUUAUGGUGGUACGGCAAAACCUCGCAAAGUGCUGAGAGAUGAUUUAUACAACCAUACCAUAGAGUGUGGAAGCUUUCUGGCUAAUUAUGACAUGUUGAAGCGCGUGGACGAGAGCAAACGUAUCGCGAAACAGCGUACCAUGGGUAAUCUUUUCGGAUUGUUCUGA